CGGCUGGCUAGUGUCGGCUGAGCUCAGAGGACCAGCGAAGGGGCGGCAGGAGUGGUCGGCUGCACUCCGAUGAGACGCCACCUCCACCCGGCUUGGAAUGGACCAAUCACCGCGGGGAGAAGAGCACGAAGAGACCACCUUUUGAUGGCAGUGGAAUGUAGCAUUCCAACUACAUGCAUCAUCCAGGCCAAGGAUCUCCAGACGUUCCCUGAAUCAUCUCCGUGCAGGAAGAGGGCGUCAUGAAGGGCUAGCUAGAGGGACCACAUGAGAACACAUGAUUCACCUCUGAGCGCUGGAUGACGUAACGGCGUCUGGGUUAGACUCUUCUAGCAGACCAUUGCGCUAAGUGGACCAACAGAGUGGGAAAAAGUGCAUUCUCACUGCCUCAUUUAUUGACUCUGCCAAAGACCAGAGCCAAGUAAGCCGAGGCAUCACGUGGAUUAUGAUGACCUCACACUGAUAAGUCAUAUAUGGACUCUUAUUGCUGUGUGACGUCACAUGAAAAUCAAGAGGUGAUUUUUUUGAUGCAAGACGCAACCAUGUUGCGGCGUGCACUACUGGACUGGAUGUCUGUUAGAAAAAUGUGUUAUAUUUGCACUCACAAAACGAUUCCUGUGGGAGGGGUGCUGGUGCUUCUCUGCUGCUCUUUGUCGCUCCUCUAUGUGAUGACCUGCCGUCCCCAGCACUCAGAUGACCCUCAGCUGAAUCACGCCAUACCCCACGCCAGCCCUAACCAGCUGGGUGAUACAAGGCCCGCGGUUGGAGCAGGAGCUGGCGGAACAGGACAAGUUCUCCUGCAAGAACGUGAGGAGCAGCACCGCUUCCACAUCUCCUCCCUAAAGAAGCAGAUUGCUCAGCUCAAAGAGGCGUUGCAGGAGCGGAGCCAGCAGCUUAAAGGUGUGCAAGACAGCUUGAAGGGGGCCGGAGGAGCCCCGUCAGAGGGGCACAGUCCCCAAGGAGGCGGUUUGGGGGAUGCUCCUGGGGCCAAAAGCCAGCAAAUGGACCUCCAGGACUUUCUGAGGAGCCAGCUUUCCAAAGCUGAAGUGACAGCCGGGGAGAGGUUUCCUAGCGAGUAUGCGGUGGUCCCCUUUGAGAGCUUCACUCUGCAAUGGGUCUACCAGCUGGAGAUGGGUCUGAGUCGUUACCCCAGGGAGAAGCCCAUGAGGAGGGACAAGAGAAACGAGCUGGGAGAGGUGCUGGAGACGGCUCUGCACACCCUCAACACGCCAUCGGCCCAGCAGGACGGCAAAAGUAGCAAAGUCUAUACGACGUCUGACUUCAUAGAAGGCAUCACGCGCACAGAGAAGGACAAAGGGACACUGUAUGACCUGACCUUCCAAGGAGAGUACAGUCACGAAUUCCGACGCCUGGUGCUCUUCCGACCCUUCGGACCGCUGAUGAAGGUGAAAAACGAGAGGGUGGACACGGGCCAUGUGGUCGUCAACAUCGUCAUGCCGCUGUAUCGCCGCGCCGACAAGUUCAAGCGCUUCAUGCGCUAUUUCAGGGAUGUCGGUAUACGCCAGGAUGGCCGCGUCCAUCUCACAGUGGUGUAUUUUGGGAAAGAGCAAAUGAACGAAGUCCGCAGCAUUCUGGAGAACACGGCCAGGGAGGCUAACUUCAAAGACUACACCCUCCUGCAGCUGGACGAGGAGUUUUCCAGAGGUCGGGGUCUGAAUGUCGGGGCCCAAGCGUGGAAGGGUGGCGAUGUGGUGCUGUUCUUCUGCGACGUGGAUGUCUACUUCACCGCAGACUUCCUGAAUUCCUGCAGACUCAAUGCUGAGUCCGGUAAAAAGGUAUUCUACCCGGUGUUGUUCAGCCAGUACAACCCCGCAGUGGUCUACGGUGGUGCCCAGCACAUCCCGCCAAUGGAGCAACAGCUGGUGAUAAAGGAAAACACAGGCUUCUGGAGGGAUUUUGGUUUCGGCAUGACGUGCCAGUACAGGUCGGACUUCAUCAACAUAGGAGGUUUUGACACGAACAUAAAAGGCUGGGGCGGUGAGGAUGUCUACUUAUACAGGAAGUACCUGCACAGUAACAUGCUGGUGGUGAGAGCGCCUUCGCGAGGCCUCUUCCACCUGUGGCACAAGAAGGAAUGCGCCGACGAGCUAUCGCCGGACCAGUACCGCAUGUGCAUGAACUCCAAGGCCAUGAACGAGGCCUCGCAGGGCCAGCUGGGGAUGCUCCUGUUCAAGCAUGAGUUGGACGCUCACCUUCGCACGGAGAAACAAGACAAACUCAAGAAGACAUGAAGACCCCACAAGACUCCACUCGCUUUCCUUUCAGAAAAGAACUCUCAGGAGUAUAAUACUCACCUUGCAAGAGUCACCGUACUGUUUCUUCCAGGAGGCAUUGAACUGCACAUUCAGGGACAUUAACUGGCACUUUUUUUUUUACAGAAAUCAGGAAUGUCCUGUCUCUUUAAAACCUGGGUGCCUUUCCAAAGUCUUCUCACAACCACAAGCUCCACUUCAAUAUUGCGUUUAUAUGUGAGGAAGCGGCGCCACCUAGUGGACUAAAAGUAAACAAACAAUGAAGGACAUGCAGUGGGGCCUUGGUUAACGUCAUCCCAAACCAAAUUGGAAUUUAAGCAAAGUAAAUUUUCCCAUAGGAAAUAAUGUAAAUCCAAUUAAGCCGCUCCAGACACCCAAAAAUGUUAACACUACAGACAUUUUAUAGACAAUAAUUACAGUUUUACAUGCAGAAAAUGAUGCAAAAAUAAUUACAAAUGACAAAUGAAUGGACAACUGAACAUUCAACAUCACAUACUUCAUUUUGUUGGGGGGGAACACAAAAGCGUCAGUUAACAAAAUAACAAUACACAAAAAAAACACAUUAUUCUACUGCAACCACAAUUUGCAUAAUUGUAAAAAUAUAUCAAGCUAAAUAUCAACAUUCUAGAACCAAUAAACAUGUACCUUGCCGUUUAAUAUAGAAAAUGAAUACUUGUUUUCUUGUUGGAACCAGAAAUGAGUGCUAUUGAUGUCAAAAUGAGACGGGCAGAAACACAGACUGUCACCCUCAACGCGCCGCCGGGUUGAUACGCGGGCCGGGUUGAUAGACUGUUACAUGGGAGCUGAAGUAGAUGAGGCGAUGACGGAGCCACUCCGUCACAUUUACAUACCUCUGAAACGACGACGGUCUUCUCUUUAAGCUGUAAAAUUCGGAGUUCUUGCACCCUUGGCUCGGUUACGGCACAUUUCCUCCCUCUUUUGUGUGGUCCCUGUGUUUGUUACGUCGUGCAUCUCUCUCUCGUGAUAUAAACAAAGGCUGUUUUCUUAAAAGGGCGCCCGCGGCCCACAAUGCAUUGUGCGACCACGUGCAAGUAUCACAAGAUUGUGUCUUGGGCGCAGGAUCCAAGAUGUCAGCGUAAACAAACAAAAGCAUGCAAGCACAAGCCGAGGCAAAAUUUUUGCAAUAAUUUUGGGGACGUUAACCGAGGUACCACUGUUAUUUAAAGCCUACAACAGCCUUGUGAAGCUGGGUUUUUUAUGUAUAACUUAUUCCCUAUCGUAUCAUUUAUGGCACUUUUAUGGCUUUCAAGUUUAACCUGCAAUCAGGUUUUGCCAUCUGUUUUUGUUGAUCAGGAGCACAAGGGGUUUUUUUUGUUGUUGUUUUUUGGCAACACCAGAACUGUGAAACAGCAUGCCAUGUGAUAUUUUGGCUGAAAAAAUGAAUUGUCUGUUCUUACCCUUGUGUUUAAAAACAAACAAAAACAUCCCAUCAGUCACUUGUGUUUUUGUUUUAGAUGGCUGUAAACAAUUAAUUGGCAACUCUUUAAAUUGUCCAUAGGUAUGAAUGUGAGCGUGAAUGAUUGUCUAUAUGUGCCCUGCGAUUGACUGGCGACCAGUCCAGGGUGUACCCCACCUCUCGCCCCAAGUCAGCUGGGAUAGGCCCCAGCAUACGGGCAACCCUGGUGAGGAUAAGCGGCAUAGAUGAUGGAUGGAUGGAUGGAUGGAUGGAUGGAUGGAUGGAUGGCUGUAAACAAAUGGCACCCAAUGGUGCUUGACCAAAGAAGUGAGAUAUUUCAAAUGACUUUAUUUCACUCAAUGUAAAAGUUUAUUUUAUGACAAUAAAGUUGCAAUAUUACGUGAAAAACAUAUUACAGUACUGCAAUAAAGUUGUAAUU